AGCAAGACGAACGCUUCUUUUGAGGAUCACGUGACAUAGGAAAAAGGGAGAGGAGGGUAGACAGAUGAACUACGCUACGAGGAUUUGAGCCUGAUGGUGCAUUAAAAUUUCACGGGGUGUUCUUGAAAAUGCUCUAAAAAAUGAGAUGCCUGGUGGUGACCCUUGGACCUAAAUGAGCUGCAGCGGCGAUGGAAUCAAGAAACCACGUUCACAUGAAUUGAUCACACGGUGAAGAUGAAGCUGAACGAACGCAGCGUGGCCCACUACGCCACGUGCGACUCGCCGCCUGACAAAACGGGCUUCCUCUUCAAGAAGGGCGAGCGCAACACUGCGUAUCACCGCCGCUGGUUUGUCCUCAAGGGCAACAUGCUCUUCUACUUCGAGGAGCGCGAUUCCCGAGAGCCCAUCGGCGUCAUCGUCCUGGAGGGCUGCACCGUGGAACUGUGCGAAUCGGCCGAGGAGUUCGCCUUCGCCGUCAAGUUCGACUGCGCCAAGGCUCGUGUGUACAAGAUGGCGGCCGACAGCCAAGCGGCCAUGGAGUCGUGGGUCAAGGCGUUGUCGCGGGCCAGCUUCGACUACAUGAGGCUGGUGGUCAAGGAGCUGGAAAGGCAGCUGGAGGAGAUCCAGGAAGCCACUGGGAUAGGCCUGCAGAACAGGUCCAGGUCUGCAAAGCGAGCUGCCAAAUCUAGAUCUUCUUCUUCGUCCUCAUCCUUGUCCACAUCGUCGUCCAGCUCCGGGCAAAAGAAUCACCAGGAUGAGGUCCAGAUCAUGUCGGGAGGUCCAAAGGAGAACGGCGUCGCCUGGAGCAAGCCGUACUUAGCUAACGGUUUGUCCGAUGGGGCGUCUUCCUGCGUGGCCUGGGAGGGCGGAGCCGAAUCCGAGAAUACUCACAGGGCCAAUGGGGUCAGGGCUCCCCCUGUUCCCCCCAGAAGAAGAGGAGCCUCUCUGGAAAGCCCCUUCUCCCCCGGCACAGGAUGCUUCUCCAAGCUCCACGAUUGGUACGGACUCGAGGUGGAGGAAGUGAGAGCUCGGUGGCUGCAGAGUCAGUGAACCCGUGGAGAUGGCUCACAUUUUCCAAGAUUAGCCUGUUCCGUUGUUCCAUUUUCCAGGGCGGAGGCAGACAUCGGGGUCUGUCCCCGAUGACUUACUGCUAAAAGUGGAGUACGCCCUAGAAUGUUUCAAAUUCUCAUCACAAGACACUUUUUAUACUGCCUGUUGGGGUGGGGGGGAUUCAACCCUAUGUUUUGUGCCUUUAAAAGUAGUAACAAAAUUUCCACUGCCUGCAAAA